CCGCAGCUCUGGUUCACCAACCGCUGGGCGGGAGCCAGGCCCGGCCUUUGAGUGGCGGGCGGGGUGGUCUGCGCUCGGCCCCAGGAAAAAUCUGGCACGGGCCAAUCGCAGGGAGGCGAAGGGCAGCUCUGGAGGUCCUGGCCAGACGCACUGGUCACCCAGGCCAAGCAGGCGUCGGGGCGUGGGCACAAGCAAAGCUCGCGGCCCUGACCGCGGCCAUUGUGCUUGGCUGCCUCUCCUCAAGGCCUUGGUGGGCAGGGCAGCAACGGGAGAAGCGCCGAGAGCGCCACUGAAACGACUUUCCCCUACCCUCAGCUACUGUGCUUUCAUGUAGUGAAAGAAACAGGGAAAAGGUUUGGGUUCCUUUUGCGGCUUAUGAAGACGACAAAAAACGAAAAGAGUGGGGGCAGGAGGCAGAAGCCGCGAGCCUCUGCGCGCGCCCGGUCACGUGGGCCGCAGGGAUCGCAUGGCGGCGGCCUGCGCGCCCCCGCGUCCCCGCCGGCCAAGCCGACCGGGCGCGCGCGCCGACGGGGCGGGCGCAUGCGCAAGGGGGCGCGCCGCCUCUGCCCCGCGGCGAGGGUGUCUAUGGAGAGGCGGCGGCCGCGGCUGCUGAGGCGGAGGCUGAGGCAGUGGCGAUGGCGCCCUUCCCUGAAGAAGUGGACGUCUUCACCGCCCCACACUGGCGGAUGAAGCAGCUGGUGGGGCUCUACUGCGACAAGCUUUCUAAAACCAAUUUUUCCAACAACAACGAUUUCCGUGCUCUUCUGCAGUCUUUGUAUGCUACUUUCAAGGAGUUCAAAAUGCAUGAGCAGAUUGAAAAUGAAUACAUUAUUGGUUUGCUUCAACAACGCAGCCAGACCAUUUAUAAUGUACAUUCUGACAAUAAACUCUCCGAGAUGCUUAGCCUCUUUGAAAAGGGACUGAAGAAUGUUAAGAAUGAAUAUGAACAGUUAAAUUAUGCAAAACAACUGAAAGAGAGAUUGGAGGCUUUUACAAGAGAUUUUCUUCCUCACAUGAAAGAGGAAGAGGAGGUUUUUCAGCCCAUGUUAAUGGAAUAUUUUACCUAUGAAGAGCUUAAGGAUAUUAAAAAGAAAGUGAUUGCACAACACUGCUCUCAGAAGGAUACUGCAGAACUCCUUAGAGGUCUUAGCCUAUGGAAUCAUGCUGAAGAGCGACAGAAGUUUUUUAAAUAUUCCGUGGAUGAAAAGUCAGAUAAAGAAGCAGAAGUGUCAGAACACUCCACAGGUAUAACCCAUCUUCCUCCUGAGGUAAUGCUGUCAAUUUUCAGCUAUCUUAAUCCUCAAGAGUUAUGUCGAUGCAGUCAAGUAAGCAUGAAAUGGUCUCAGCUGACAAAAACGGGAUCGCUUUGGAAACAUCUUUACCCUGUUCAUUGGGCCAGAGGUGACUGGUAUAGUGGUCCCGCAACUGAACUUGAUACUGAACCUGAUGAAGAAUGGGUGAAAAAUAGGAAAGAUGAAAGUCGUGCUUUUCAUGAGUGGGAUGAAGAUGCUGACAUAGAUGAAUCUGAAGAGUCUGCGGAGGAAUCAAUUGCUAUCAGCAUUGCACAAAUGGAAAAACGUUUACUCCAUGGCUUAAUUCAUAACGUUCUACCAUAUGUUGGUACUUCUGUAAAAACCUUAGUAUUAGCAUACAGCUCUGCAGUUUCCAGCAAAAUGGUUAGGCAGAUUUUAGAGCUUUGUCCUAACCUGGAGCAUCUGGAUCUUACCCAGACUGACAUUUCAGAUUCUGCAUUUGACAGUUGGUCUUGGCUUGGUUGCUGCCAGAGUCUUCGGCAUCUUGAUCUGUCUGGUUGUGAGAAAAUCACAGAUGUGGCCCUAGAGAAGAUUUCCAGAGCUCUUGGAAUUCUGACAUCUCAUCAAAGUGGCUUUUUGAAAACAUCUACAAGCAAAAUUACUUCAACUACGUGGAAAAAUAAAGACAUUACCAUGCAGUCCACCAAGCAGUAUGCCUGUUUGCACGAUUUAACUAACAAGGGCAUUGGAGAAGAAAUAGAUAAUGAACACCCCUGGACUAAGCCUGUUUCUUCUGAGAAUUUCACUUCUCCUUAUGUGUGGAUGUUAGAUGCUGAAGAUUUGGCUGAUAUUGAAGAUACUGUGGAAUGGAGACAUAGAAAUGUUGAAAGUCUUUGUGUAAUGGAAACAGCAUCCAACUUUAGUUGUUCCACCUCUGGUUGUUUUAGUAAGGACAUUGUUGGACUAAGGACUAGUGUCUGUUGGCAGCAGCAUUGUGCUUCUCCAGCCUUUGCAUAUUGUGGUCACUCAUUUUGUUGUACAGGAACAGCUUUAAGAACUAUGUCAUCACUCCCAGAAUCUUAUGCAAUGUGUAGAAAAGUAGCAAGGACUAGAUUGCCUAGGGGAAAAGACUUAAUUUACUUUGGGAGUGAAAAAUCUGAUCAAGAGACUGGACGUGUACUUCUGUUUCUCAGUUUAUCUGGAUGUUAUCAGAUCACAGACCAUGGUCUCAGGGUUUUGACUCUGGGAGGAGGGCUGCCUUAUUUGGAGCACCUUAAUCUCUCUGGUUGUCUUACUAUAACUGGUGCAGGCCUGCAGGAUUUGGUUUCAGCAUGUCCUUCUCUGAAUGAUGAAUACUUUUACUACUGUGACAACAUUAACGGUCCUCAUGCUGAUACCGCCAGUGGAUGCCAGAAUUUGCAGUGUGGUUUUCGAGCCUGCUGCCGCUCUGGCGAAUGACCCUUGACUUCUGACCUUUGUCUACUUCAUUUAGCUGAGCAGGCUUUCUUUCAUGCACUUUACUCAUAGCACAUUUCUUGUGUUAACCAUCCCUUUUUGAGCGUGACUUGUUUUGGCCCCAUUUCUUACAACUUCAGAAAUCUUAAUUUACCAGUGAAUUGUAAUGUUGUUUUUCUUGCAAAUUAUACUUUUGUUUUAGAAAGGGAUUAGGUCUUUUCAAAAGGGUGAGAACAGUCUUACAGUUUUCUUUUAAAUGAAAUGCUUUAAAGAAUGUUGGUAAUGCCAUGUCAUUUAAAGUAUUUCAUAGAUAAUUUUGAGUUUUAAAGUCCAUGGAGGUGAUUGGUUCUCUUUACACAUUAACACUGUACCAAGCUUUGCAGAUCUUUUCCGACACACAUGUCUGAAGACUUAUUUUCAAAGACAGCACAUUUUUGGAAACUAAUCUCUUUUCCAUAAUAUUUCCUUUAUUUCAACGAUUCUCAGAAGGCCAAUUCAAACAAACCCACAUUUAAGGUUCUUUAGGAUUAUAGAAUAAAUUGGCUUCUGAGUGUUAGCUCAGUGAGCUAGGAAAGCACCAAUCGAUAUUUGUUUCCUUUAGGGAUACUUUGUUCUCACCACUGUCCCUAUGUCGUCAAAUUUGGGAGAGAUUUUUUAAAAUACCACAAUCAUUUGAAGAAAUGUAUAAAUAAAAUCUACUUUGAGGACUUUACCAAGUAA